CUUCAACACAGGGCUGUUAGACAGCUUAAAAGCAACACUGCUCAGCAACUGGAGGUUGAAACAAAGAAAAUGGAGGAGAGGAUUCGUGCAUUGAAAGAACAAAUGUUCAAAGAGAAAGAAGAACGAGAGUAAGUGUCAAACUGUUGGAAUCUGUAACAUCAUAGUCUUCAAAGAAUGUCCCUGUCCCUUGGGUGUAACACAUAGAGGAUAUUACAUGGCCACGUGGAGAUACGAAAUUUCUGUUCGAGUGUUGAAAAAUAUGCGCUCACUCGUGAAACAUUUUUUCAACACGAGAAGAGAAAUGUUGUAUCUCCAAGCGGCUAUGUAAUGUUCUAUUUAUUAUAUAAACAUCAAUGAAAUACCAAACCAUUUCACUUUAAUAGUUUUUUGGUGUGCAGGGCGCAAUUUAUUAUGUAGCCAUAGCAAAGGUGAUAUUUUCACAUGUGAAGAUAUCAAGUUUUCACGCGAAAGCUCACCUGGUAUUUCAUUGGUGUUUAAAUAAUAAAGGGACAUAUUUGAAGACAAGAUUUUUUUUGUUCUGCUGUCCUGAAGAGGGUUUAUGAUUUUGUAAACUUGUCCCAAACAAGCUCCUAAUUUUUUGGAAGGGAAUAGCAGAGUGUACGAUGAGCAGAAGGUGAUGCCGUGUUUAAAACCUCGCCAAAACACAAUCCUAGGUCAGGAAAAACGCCAUAAGAUCAUGCUACCUGAGAUUAGAACCUGGGUUCAGUUCAAAUGAAUAUGUCUUUUGGGAGGUGACAGGGCUUGAAAAAAGUCCAUCUGGCAUUUUGUGAUAAGUAGAUUUUCUUGCUAGGCAAGUAACUUUUAAAGCUUCCUUCCUGAAUGGGAAAGGGUCCCAGCAAGUCAUCGUCUAACAAAAUCAUCAACUAAGACAUGCAAGAAGUGGCCCCAGGUGAGUAAAAAUGUGAGGGCUGCUUGCCCAAAGGACAAGGUGGAAUAAAUUAAAGUUUUUUUCAAGCCCUGGGUGACAUUAGUAUCGGUCCUUGUCUCCUUCCUCCUUUCUUAUCAAAUUUAAAGGGGACAAUUAAGAACCCUACAGUAGAUACCAUUGGUUUGGUGGAAUCUUCUCAUGUUUUGUUGUUGUUGUUGUUGAGGAAGGACUGUUUUGGACAACCCAAACAGUUUCUCCACCAUAUCUACUAUCAAAGAUAUUAAAAUAAAAUGAGAUGCGGGUGGGAAAGCACUAUUUCCACAGAGUGAAGACUUCUUAUUUCACUGGAGUAACAAAUCAUUUUUUCAGUGUUUACAUUAAUCUGUUGACAGGAAGCUAGGUGGAACAAGGUGGGUGUCAGGAAAAUCUGGUCCCCUCAACAACCAUGUACAAGAUGUACUCAAGAAAAAGAACCAAAAAACUGAUAAAGUGAGUGCAAUGUUUUGCCUUUCACCUAAAUAUUAUUUGCUCUUAUUUAAUAUAGAUAGACUGCAAAACAGUCAAUAUUUUUGCGUAUUUAAGUGCUCGUGAACAGUCAAACAAAAGCUCUGGAGAGAGGCUGAAAACAGAGAUGAAGACUGAGGAGAGAUGCUACAGACGGUGUAUUAUAUACAAAAUGGGUUUUUUAAGUUCAAGUUGUAAUAAGGAUGUGUAGUGUAGUUACAUGUUUGUGCUUCUUGGUUUUUAUAGCCUCAAAGGAGAAUUAAAGUCCUUGGAGAUGAACCCUUAGGUGAGUAUUAAACAAAAACAAAGCAGAACAACAUUAUUUCCUUUUUGUGUCCCACAGUUGUCCUUAUGUGAAGAAUAGUUGUGGUUAGAAAAUUACAAUUAUUGGUUAGCGAGGUGUUGAUUUUUAUGGUUUGCUUUCUUGUUCUUCUUAGUUUGUUUUCAGUUUGUUAUUUAAAACUGAACAGUAAAGAGUAUACACAGUGAUUUUGUUACAAAUGGUAGUUAUGGUGAGUCCUGGGACUAUUCUUGUAAAACAUCGUGAGUCCUAGUCCAGAACCUUUGAGUCCCUAUUCAAAAGCCCUGGGUCUUCAUGUAACCACACUGUUAAUCUAAAGACGGACUCCAAAACUCCGUAUUACAGUCACUGAAAAAAAAUUAAAAUAUACCCCUUCUUUUGUCAAGCACAACAAAGACUAAAAGAAAUAUGCGCCGUUGUGCAACAGCUACAAGAACAGCCACAGAAAUCACACAAACAGGAUACUUCAUAUUGAUCCAAUUAAUGAUCUUUCAAGUUACGGAAUGCAUACCACAAAUUAUUUUGCGUCUUUGGGGAUUUUUGUGCAUCAGGGACACAGGAUGCAGAGGUAACAAAAUCACUGUAUACACUGAAGUGAAAUCUAUGUGUUAACCUUUUUAGACCCAAGAGUGACCAACGUCAGUUGUCUCCUAACUAUAUCAAAUACAUGCACAAGAUCAAGGCUGGGUUGUAAGAAUUAAUAAAAUCAUCACUAAAGUGAACUUGCUUUGAUCUUAAAGCAAAUUUUCUCAACUAGUUUUUCAAGGAAAUGUAUGGAGAUCAGAGUGAAUAAUUUGUAUGUUUCUUGAUAUUGGGACUUAUAGCGUUAAGUUGAUUAAAGAGUCCAUACUUUUGCAGAGAGUUACAAAAAGAAAGCAACACCCAGAGCUCAGCAGGUGGACAAUCUUGGUGCUUUAGGAUGUGGUCAGUGCGAGAGGACAAAAGCUACUCUGGUAGGGUUACACUGUAUUUCUACUCUGUUUACAUGCACUUAAAGGGUUGUUGUUGUUUUUUUGUUAUCUGUUUGUUUGGUUUUUUUCCACAUCACUGAGCAUUAAUUUGUUAAAAACCAACUCAAGAUCUGCAUUGUGAAUCUCAGUAAAUACAUCAUUAUUCCAAUAGAGUGGUUUUCGUUUGAGUGUCGUAAAACCAAAACCAAAGUAAUUACUCUGGCCAAUCACAUAGGACACAGACAAUACAUUGAACCAAUCAAAACUCGAAGUAAUUACAUGUGGCUGACGCAAAGCGCGGGAAAAUGCAUGCGAGCGCAUCACAAUUGGCUUUGGUUUUACUUCUGAUUGGAUGAAAAGGUGGCGCGAAUCUUUUAAGCCAAUCGCAUCGUGUAGAAAGUGCAAAACCAAUUACUUUUCGACACUCAAAUGAAAACCGCUCUAUGCAUGGUGGCUAAAACCAACAUUUUGUGGCACCAAUAAUGGUUUCCCCACCAAAUAAAGUCUGAGAAACGAGCACAGAAACUCCAUACUGAUGGCGCGUCACUACCUACAACCCCAGACAAAACUAUUGAGACAUUUCAAGGCAAUUUUCAAUUUCGCGCCAUGCAAUCUUCGUGUCCAAAAGGAACAAAUUUGCCCCCCUCUCCACCCCUUGUGCAAUGUUGUUUUGGCCUAACAGCUCAAGUGUGCAUUUCUUUUGUUAUCGCAAACAACAUUGCAAAAGGAGAGGGGGGAAACGGUCUUUUAAUUUGCGACGGUAAGCAUUUUUGUCAGGUUGAGUGAAGAAAAUAGGUAUUUUUGUAUUAUGUGUCUCAACAGGUUUUGUCCGAGGUUGUAGAUCUGGGCAGGGCAGUGCUCCUGAUUUGUUAGAAAUUUGCUUCAUUUAAUCAGAAGCACUACCCAGUGACGCGUCAUCAAUAUGGAAUUUCUGCACUUGUUUCCCAGACAUCAUUUUGUUGGAAAACCAGUGGUGUCACAAAAUGUUGGCUAUCUUCUAAUCUUAGACUAAGUUAUUGGGAGACAUCUGUAAAUGCCGCAAGCUAUCAACAGAGAAAAACAUCUGGGUUCUUGACAGGAUUCUGAGACUGAAAACCAGCCUUUAGGCAAUAUUUACAGUUAUAGUAAUGUUGCAUCUUGUUGUUUCCAGGUCUGUGUGGAUUGUUCUGAAAAAUACUGUGUGAGUUGCUUCAUGUCUUUUCAUCAAAAGGGAGCACUGAAGAAGCACACAACCCAAACAGUUGAACAGGUGUGUCUUGUAUCAUUAACUGCGCUUGUAUCAGUGCUUUACUGUGUUUCAUAGUGCUUGGAGUAGAAGGUUGCAAAGCUUUGUAUGUUUAUAGACUUGAUACCUUUUACUGAUUUUGCCACUAACGUCAAAUGUUUUUGUUUCAUAGUAUGAGGCAGGACAACUUGAGGAAAAGGAAAUCAAGAGUUCCAUGAAUGCUAAACAAGAAAUAUCACCUCGAAAGCAAGUCUCCAGGUAUGAUGGUAACUUUUUUAGUAACCAGUUUGUGUCAAUAAAGUUUUUUGAUGCAACUGUUUUUUCAUGUGAUGCAAAUAAAGACUUGAAAGCUCAGUCUCACUAUUAAUGUUUUUUUCAGGGUGACCAGCCACUCUCAAGCAAAAUCUCCACAGGUAUGAAAGAAAGUUUGUAGUUCUUUCACGAGUAAUUUGUUAGGUCAAUCAUCAAGUUGUUUCCUAGUAAUACUGCAACUGGACAUUCAAAUUUACUUAAAUCCACCCACGACCUUCGACAAAUUUGCGAGACACUUCUUGUCCCAUCUCCCCUGCACAAAAGUGAAAAUCGUUUGUCCUUUGCAAAAGUACGCCUUUAAACAUUACUGUAAUGGAGGGAUGGGGUUAUACUGUCUACACUGAGAAAGUGUCCCAAUGAUAUUUGUCUGAGUUUAUAGAUUAACAGUACAAAUUCAGAGGUGGUGUAACAGCCUUUGAGAAGGUCGUUUACAAGUUUUACAUCUUUUUCUUUCCACCUUGAUUCCUUUUUUGUAGUCGAGUGAUUCUUCAGUACGCCAAGGCGGAUCCCUCCUGCAGGGUUCUUAUGAUGAAGAAGCCAGUGCACAAUCUUUUGCGCAGGCUCUCAUGGAAUGGAGAAGCGCUGGUAAAACAGAGAAGAUGUGGACAAACCCAAGUGUACCCAGAGGUAUUUGAACAUUACAGUCUAUCGCCUAUAGGUUAUCUAAAUUAACUAUGUAAAUUUAUCAAAAUUAAGUUGCUUUUUUGGUUUGUGUUUCUUGUCUUUAUGAAUAGACUAGAGUCGUGAAUUUUUUUUUCAUUUUUAUUCUAAUUGAUAUUUAAGAUCGGGCUUGAAAUCGAAAGAUGCGCAAAAGAGAGAGGACGUCGAUGUUCCCCUCCCCCCUUCCCUCGUGCACCCUUUGCGUUCUCGCUUGUCCGAUUAGUUUUCAGUUUUCCCCAGGCUCCUUUUCGAGUGGCCGCCACGCAAGUUAAUACAGGUGAACGCUGUGGUCCUAAUACUUUCAUUGUAUUUACAGGCACCUCGUGUGAAACAAGCACCACGCCCGAGGUUCCCAAAACACAGGAGAUUAAACUAAAUUUUGGCCCCAACAAGUCUCUGAGCUAUCUUGACCGUAUGUUGCUGAAAAAGCACCAAAGUAAUCCAAACUUCGUCUCUCGGCAAACUCCUUUGAAAGAUUUUCAAGGCAAUAGCAAAGACCCAAAGUCAGACAGCAGCCCACAGCGAGAAAUUGAAGUCGAAAACCAACUAGGCACGAACUACCGUGAGAUUUUUCAGAGUUUAGGUGCAUUAAACAAGAAAAAUGCGCGAGAAAACGGAGUGGCAAGUGUUGCUGCAUCCAGAGGAGUGAUAGCGAUUGAGGAGAUCACCGAUGAUGAAUUAAGCGCAGAGGAAACAACUGCUUGUAUAGUUGACGAACAAGAUUCUCAUCCUCACCCCCAGUCCCAAAGUAGACCUGUGUCACGGUCUGGGAGAGUCAGUAUUACGUGCAUGACCCCCAGGGGAAAUUUCGAAGCUGAUAGCGAUGCGUUGGUGUUACAAGAUGUUUCACCUGUAUCUUCUGUCAGCCCUUCCUCGGAACAGACGUCGCCCUUUUCAAGGCUUGGUGUAAGAGGGGCUAAUUCUCGAACGGGACAGCACAUAGCGAAACACUCCCAAAUCAAGCAGCAGAGCGAUGGAUUAUCGGCAAGAGUAUGGAGUCCACAGCCAAGCCAUAUUGGCCUCUCCGAGUUUUUCCUCGCUGGCGUAAAAGACGGAUCACCCUCAGGAAGACGAUCUCGUGAGACGGUGUCUGCAAUUAGCUCGUCACAAAUUAAACCCGAUAAUUUAAGCCAGACACUAUUAGCACGUAAUGUGUGGAAACCACAGGAGAGUUUUCUGGAAAAUGAGGUCAGUCAGCAAAGAGGCGCGGAGGAAGUUAAUACCAGUGGCAGUGAAGUACGUCCACAAAGCCCCCGCCCUAUUAUUCCUCUUUUGCGUGAGCCAACUUUAUCAGCGAAAAGCCGCGACAGACCUGACUCUAAAUCCUCCACAAUAGCCAUGCCUGUUGGAACUGACAUCGUGUACGAUGCUCAAAUUCACGACUUCGGAAUUGUGGAUUUCCUAAAGACGCAGCCACCAAAUGGCUUCGAAGAUUACAGCCUGGUGCACCGCGUUUCAACUGUUUCAGAGCUGACGCUUAGUCCAAACCCACCAGUGUUUCACUGGUCUGAUGACAGCGAUGAUGACUUCUUAGAACAGCUCUGUUCCCGAGUCACUCAAGAUGAGCUGCGAGCGGACCAAGACGAGGCUGACCGUGCGACUUUGACUAACCUUGCUUGGGAACUAGCCUCGACUACAGGCAGGUUGACUCAGUGUGAGUUGGAGGAUGAGGAAGAGACUGGGGAGGAGAAAGCAGGUAGUGAAGAUGAAUUUGAUGAGGAUAGCAUUGAAAAUAAUGACUUGGGAUCGGGAUUGAGCUCCAGCGAGGAAGAUACACCCAUUGACAGUUACAGUGCGAAUGCAAACAGAACCAGAGGCGAUGAUGAUGAAACUGCUUUAUCCGAAGCGGAAGUUCAUGCUUUGAAGUGA